AUGAGAAGGGAGCGGUUGAUUCGGUCGCGUCCGCCGGAGAGGGGAGGGGGCCGUCUCGAAGCCGGCGGGCCGGCUGUAUCACGGGGGACAGUCAUAUCGGUGCCAUCUACGUCCAGCAUGCCGCUAACGUUGUUGUCGAAGCGCAGGCGGCUGUCGCUGUCGGAUCUUAUUCUCCGCGCCGUCUGCUUUUCGUCGGGCCGUAGAGGUACUUCGUUAGUUGUCAUUAAGAAGGUUCUCAGUGAUGAGGGUUACGAUGUGCAACGGAAUAGCAGUCGCUUGAAGGCGGCGCUCAAGUCUUUGAUCAACAAGAGGCUGCUGGAGCGGGUGACGGGGAGCGGCGCCGCUGGUUCGUUCCGUAUCGGCCCCAUAGGUAGGGAGCGAUUAGAUAGAAAUACGCGGCGCGGGAGGGCGGCCGGUGAAUCCCGACGGCGGCGGCGGGCCAAGAAGACGAAGGAGCGCAAGCGCGUAGUUAAUGCCUCUUCUCAGCGGCUGAAGAAGCCGUGUAGACCGGGGGGAACGGCGAGGGCAGUGCCCGCAGGACGUAACAGAGCAGAGGAUGCGGCCGAGGGCGCGGAGGUAGCUGAGGCUGCGAUGGAGCUGCCGGGGGUGUGGAGGUUCGAGGCGGAUUGUUAG